UACAACUGCCUCGCCGAUGGCCUCUCCGGCGGUGACGCCGGCUUCGACUCCCUCCCGCCCGACGAGAUGGCGUGGCCCAAGCGCGGAUUCGAACUGACGCGCAAGAUCAUCGACGCGGACGCGGACGUGGUGUGCCUGCAGGAGGUGGACCACUACCACGACACCUUCAGGCCGGCUUUGCACGCGCAGGGGUACGACGGCGUCUACAGGGAGGACGAGUGGUCGCCGUGCAUCAAGACCACGGACGGGAAGCUGGCGGACGGCGUCGCCAUCUUCUACAAGCGCGAGAAGCUGGAGCUGCUCGGGAUGCACGUCCCGUUCACGCCGCGCGACGUGAAGGUGCCCCCGAUCGAGGAACGAAGGGACGCGGGGAAGUGCCUGGUAGCGAGAUUUAGGAUGCGCGCGCCCAUCGAACAACGCAGAGGAACGGGGUGGAGGGACUACACGUGCGCAAAGCUCGACUUCAUCGUAGCCACCUUGCACCUCGCGUCCGAGAAGAACGAGGAGGGGGUGAAACGGAGGGAGGCGCAGGCGCUGUGCGCCAUGAAGGAGAUCCUCACGUUCAAAGCCAUGUCGGGCGCCGGGCGCGAGGACAGGCUCUCGCCCAUCGUCGUCGCGGGCGACCUCAACGCGCAGCCGCACGAGCCCGCCGUGGAGGUCUUCAAAAAGCUCGGCCUCAUGAGCUGCUACGCCCGGCACAUCCGCGCGGAGCCGCUGUUCACGACGUGGAAGAUUCGAACGGGGCCGUACAAGCCAGGGGAGGCGAAGAUGACCAUAGACUACAUAUUCGCGCAGCACAGCGCGUUCGACGUGUACGACGUGCUGGCGAUGCCGCGGAGCGACGAGAUUGGGCCGAAGGGUCUGCCGUGCCGCGGGCACCCGAGCGACCACCUCAUGCUCAAGGCGUCGCUCGAGUUCAUCGCGGAGCCGUAGGGCGAUGUGUCGUCUGAAGAUCAAAAGUUGGUCGCGCGCGUCUGGUAUUCGUCCUAAUCCAGAUCGUACAGGGGAUC